GCCCUAUCCUCUCUCUGGCAAGGCGUUUCAAAUUUCCUAAAACCCCCUUAAACCUUACCCCAUAACAAUGGCUUCCUCUACGCUCUCCUUUCAACUUUUCACUCUUACUUCCUCUAAAACCCUAUCUUCUAUCCCCAAAAUCCCUUCCCAUUUCAUCUCCAUUAAUCCUCUUCCGAAGCUUUUCUCCAUAUCCACUACUUCCAGCAAGCUCUUUGAACCCACCUCCUCGUCAAGAUUUGUCCGAAAUCUAGCUGUUGCAUCGUCUUUCGAGUUAGACGAGGACUUAUCAAGUGAUGGUGAUGAAGAACAGCAGCCCAAUUAUUCACCUGACCUUAAAGUUUAUGUGGGUAACCUGCCGUUUAACAUUGACAGUGCAGCUCUUGCUGAUCUCUUUCAACGAGCUGGAAAUGUUGAGAUGGUUGAGGUUGUAUAUGACAAAAUUAGCGGAAGAAGCAGGGGUUUUGGCUUCGUCACUAUGUCAUCCAUCAAAGAAGUUGAGGCGGCUACUCGCCAGUUCAAUGGCUAUGAACUUGAUGGAAGACAACUGAGGGUAAAUUCAGGGCCACCUCCAAGCAGAGGAGAGUCUUCUUUCAGAGGGACUUCAAGAGAUGGAGGCCGUGGCGGCUUUGGUGGUGGUGGUGGUGGAGGGGGAAGAAGCUCCGACAACGCGAACAAGGUUUAUGUUGGAAACCUUGCAUGGAGUGUCGACAAUCUGGCUCUUGAAACCUUAUUUCAGGAUCAAGGAAAUGUUUUGGAAGCUAGAGUAAUUUACGAUAGGGACAGUGGUCGAUCAAAGGGUUUUGGUUUCGUAACUUACAGUUCUGCCAAUGAGGUCAAUAGUGCAAUCGAGUCAUUGGAWGGCCUUAAUGUUGAUGGUAGAAAUAUCCGUGUCACUGUCGCUGAAGCUAAACAAAGACCUCAAUUCUAAACAGUAUGAUGGGUCGGUUUUCGAUCACUACAAAUAGCGUUGGCCGACCUUGAAGACGAGAAAGCUGCAACCACGAGAGUUUUAUCUUGCGUAGACUAAUUUUGAAUUUUUGCAAUUUAUGUAUCAGAGUAUGGAUAUGGAUUUGCAGGAAAUCGUUAAUCUAUUUUGGUGUUUGUAUGUACCAAA